AUUGAGGCAGAAGUGCAGAGAAGGAAACAGUUAAUCCACCAGUCAGUGGAGCGCAGAGCCAUCAUCUCUGAGUGCUACAGACCAAAACACCCAGAGGUGUACACCCUGCAGGAUUCCUUCCUGACCCCAGACUUUCUGGAGAUCGUGAGGUACUGCACAUCACCAGAUGCUCAUCUCCAGGGCCUCCUGCACUACCUUGAGUCCUUCUCAGAUAAGAGGAUCUAUCGACUCCCAGUGUUCACAGAGGAGUUCUGCCAGACCUUUGUGGAUGAGCUGGAGAACUUUGAGCAGUCUGAUAUGCCUAAAGGCAGGCCCAACACUAUGAAUAACUAUGGGGUGUUGCUGAAUGAGCUUGGGAUGGAUGAAACCUUCCUCACUCCCCUGCGUGAGCAAUACUUGCAGCCCAUCACAGCCCUGCUCUACCCUGACCUGGGGGGAGCCUGUCUGGACAGCCACAAAGCAUUUGUGGUCAAAUACUCCCUGAAUGAAGAUCUGGAUCUCAGCUCUCACUAUGACAAUGCAGAAGUCACCUUAAAUGUUUCACUGGGAAAAGACUUCACAGAAGGCAACUUGUACUUUGGGGAGUUUAACCAGGAUCCCACUCCUGUGCCGAAGUACAUAGAGGUGGAACACGUGGGAGCUCAGGGGCUGCUACACCGAGGAGGACAGAUCCAUGGGGCACUUCCCAUUGCCUCUGGGGAACGCUGGAACCUCAUCAUCUGGAUGAGAUCAUCUUCCAUCCGCAACCAGCUCUGCCCCAUGUGCAACAAGAAGCCUGAGCUGGUGGAAGCAGAGGGGUUUGGGGAUGGGUUCACAGAGAGCCUUGAGGAGGAUGAGCCUGAGACUGUGAAUGUCUGUGCCUUGUGGUAG